CAAAAAAGACGUGGAAUUCGUGUGUAGAGAGUGAUACACAAGCAAUCUUAGCAAGUUUUUGAAGAACUGUUUGGUCUCCGGGGAAUCUGAGCAAUGGCGUCUCAAGGUGCUGGCGUGGUUGGAUUCUUUGGCUUGGACGAGUUGAGCCUGGAAUUGGCCGCUUCACUUCUUCGAUGUAGCUACCAAGUUAAAGCUUACCACCAGGUUCAGGAUACUUUGAUGGAUAAGUUUUUGAAUCUAGGUGGAAUUAAAUGUGGGAGCCCGCUUGAGGCAGGGAAAGAUGUAGCAGCUUUACUAUUAGUUGCUGAUGCAGAUCAAAUUGAUGAUGUAAUUUUCAGCCCUGAGAAUGCUUUGAAAGGGAUGAAAGAAGGGUCUGUGAUCGUAUUCCAUUCAGUCAUAUUGCCAUCAUAUAUCCAAAAGCUGGAGAAGUCCCUCGCAGAACUUUGUGAGACAGUUUAUCUAAUAGAUGCAUAUGCCUUUAGGGGGGCAUCCAAUGGAAAAAUCAUGAUUACGUCCUCAGGAAGCUCUGAGGCCAUUGCAAAAGCUCGACCCAUUCUCUCUGCAAUGUGCGAAAAGCUUUUCAUUCUGGAGGGUGAAGUUGGUGCUGGAAGUAAAAUCAUAAUGGUCAAUGAGCUGCUCAAGGGUAUUCAUCUUGUUGCUUCAGUUGAGGCUAUUACUCUUGGUGCUCAAGCUAGAAUUCAUCCUUGGACAAUCUACAACAUCAUUUCCAAUGCUGCUGGAAAUUCAUGGGUUUUCAAGAAUCAUAUAUUAAAGUUGUUAGGAGGCGAGGCAAAGCCUUGUUCCCUGAAUUCUUAUGUUGAAAAUAUGGGGAUCAUUUUGGACAAGGCAAAAUCGCUUACUUUUCCUCUUCCACUUUUGGCGGUUGCUCAUCAACAGCUCAUUCUGGGGUCUUCCUAUGGUCAUGGAGGUGAUGUGAAUUUCACAUUGAUCAAGGUAUGGGAGAAAGUGUUUGGAGUGAAUAUAGAAGAUGCAGCCAACAAAGAAACUUACAGCCCAGAGCAACUGGCUUCCCAAAUUGUUGAAAAGUCUGCUACUGUGAGCCGAAUUGGGUUCAUUGGUCUUGGAGCAAUGGGAUUUGGCAUGGCAACUCACCUGCUGCAAUCAAAUUUCAGUGUUGUUGGUUUUGAUGUUUAUAAACCGUCGUUAACACGGUUUGCAAAUGCUGGCGGUUUUGUAGCUGACUCACCUUUGGAAGUAUCAAAAGAUGUUGACGUGCUUGUUAUCAUGGUGACAAACGAGGCUCAAGCUGAAAGUGUUUUAUAUGGAGAUCUGGGCGCAGUUCAAGCUCUUCCAUCAGGAGCAUCUGUCAUCCUUUCAUCUACCGUAUCUCCUGCAUUUGUGAACCUACUUGAGCAACGUCUCCAUGAUGAAGGAAAGAAUUUGAAACUGGUCGAUGCUCCUGUGUCUGGUGGUGUUAAGAGGGCCUCCAUGGGUGAACUUACGAUAAUGGCUUCUGGUACGGACGAUGCCCUUAGGUCUGCUGGUUUAGUUCUCUCUGCAUUAAGCGAGAAGCUGUAUAUUAUCAAAGGAGGAUGUGGAGCUGGAAGUGGUGUAAAGAUGGUUAAUCAAUUGCUUGCUGGAGUUCAUAUAGCAUCAGCGGCUGAGGCAGUGGCAUUUGGAGCUCGAUUAGGCCUUAAUACAAGAGUCCUCUAUGAUAUCAUCUCGAAUAGUGAGGGAACAUCAUGGAUGUUUGAGAAUCGUGUGCCUCACAUGUUGGACAAUGAUUAUACACCAUAUUCAGCACUUGAUAUCUUUGUGAAGGAUCUGGGCAUUGUUACUCGUGAAUCCACAUCUCGUAAAGUUCCGCUUCAUAUUUCAAAUGUUGCGCACCAACUGUUCUUGUCAGGCUCUGCUGCUGGCUGGGGUCGACAAGAUGAUGCUGGUGUUGUAAAGGUUUAUGAGACCCUCACAGGUGUUAAAGUUGAAGGGAAACUUCCGCCUCUGAAGAAAGAUGUUGCCUUGCAAUCUCUUGGACCUGAGUGGCCACGGGAUCCAGUUGAAGAUAUACAUAGGCUGAACAAGAGCAGUUCCAAUACUUUGGUUGUUUUGGAUGAUGAUCCAACUGGAACGCAAACUGUUCAUGAUAUUGAAGUAUUAACAGAAUGGAGUGUGGAGUCAAUUGUUGAGCAGUUCAGAAAAAAGGCCUCAUGCUUCUUCAUUUUGACCAACUCUAGGUCCUUGGAUUCUGAGAAGGCCAGUUCAUUGAUAAAAGACAUCUGCAGAAACCUAUGUACUGCAGCCAAAUCAGUUGAGAACGUUGAUUACACUGUUGUUUUGAGAGGGGACUCAACAUUACGUGGUCAUUUUCCAGAGGAGGCAGAUGCAGCUGUUUCUGUACUAGGCGAAAUGGAUGCAUGGAUCCUAUGCCCAUUUUUUCUUCAAGGAGGCCGUUACACUAUUGGAGACGUACACUAUGUUGCUGAUUCUGAUUGGCUUAUUCCUGCAGGGGAUACUGAAUUUGCUAAAGAUGCUGCCUUUGGCUAUAAAUCUUCAAACCUCCGUGAGUGGGUUGAGGAGAAAACUUCUGGCCGAAUUCCUGCAAGCAGUGUAACAUCCAUUUCUAUCCAGCUUUUGAGAAAAGGUGGACCAGAUGCUGUCUGCGAGCUUCUUUGCAGUUUACCGAAGGGUUCAACAUGCAUAGUCAAUGCAGCAAGUGAAAGAGAUAUGGCUGUAUUUGCUGCAGGAAUGAUCCAGGCAGAGUUAAAGGGAAAAUAUUUCUUAUGCCGCACUGCUGCUAGCUUUGUGUCUGCUCGAAUUGGAAUUAUUCCUAAAGCUCCAAUAGUGCCAAAAGAUCUUGGAAUAAACAAAGAAAAGACUGGUGGACUGAUAGUUGUGGGGUCAUAUGUUCCAAAAACAACAAAACAGGUUGCAGAACUCAAAUUACAGUGCCACAAGAUAUUGAGAAGCAUAGAGGUUUCCGUAGAUAAACUCGCCAUGAAGUCGGUAGAAGAGAGGGAGGAUGAGAUCAAUAAAGCAGCUGAGAUGGCAGAAGUUUUUAUUGGGGCUAAUAAGGACACAUUAAUAAUGACCAGUCGUGAACUCAUCACUGGAAAAACUCCAUUAGAGAGUUUGGAUAUCAACUUCAAAGUGAGUUCUGCUUUGGUGGACAUUGUUAGGCGCAUAAGGAUAAGACCCCGUUACAUUCUUGCGAAGGGUGGAAUCACAUCGUCUGAUCUUGCUACAAAAGCUCUAGAAGCUAAACGUGCGAAAAUAGCUGGACAAGCUCUGGCAGGUGUUCCUUUGUGGCAGCUAGGUCCUGAGAGUAGGCAUCCAGGAGUACCUUACAUUGUCUUUCCUGGUAAUGUUGGUGACAAUAAAGCCCUAGCAGAAGUUGUUAACUCUUGGUCUCGUCCUUCUAGGCUCUCAACAAAAGAGCUCCUUCUUGGUGCAGAAAAUGGUGGAUAUGCUGUUGGAGCAUUUAACGUUUAUAAUAUGGAAGGUGCUGAGGCAGUUGUUGCUGCAGCAGAGGAAGAACAUAGUCCUGCCAUACUUCAGAUCCAUCCAAGUGCUUUGAAGCAAGCAGGGAUUCCCUUGAUUGCUUGUUGUAUAUCUGCUGCUGAGCAUGCCAACGUUCCUAUUGCUGUUCACUUCGAUCAUGGAACUUCAAAGCAAGGACUGUUGGAAGCUCUUGAUUUGGGAUUCGACUCAGUCAUGGUUGAUGGUUCACAUCUCCCAUUCAAGGAGAACAUCUCAUUUACAAAGUACAUAUCGCUCUUGGCCCACUCCAAAAAUAUGCUGGUAGAGGCUGAACUUGGGAGACUGUCUGGAACUGAGGAUGGCAUGACUGUGGAAGAUUAUGAAGCAAGACUUACAGAUGUUAAUCAGGCGCAAGAAUUCAUUGAUGAAACCGGUAUAGAUGCUUUGGCUGUGUGCAUCGGAAAUGUUCAUGGAAAGUACCCUGCGAAUGGCCCGCAGCUUAGACUUGAUUUGCUUGAGGAUCUACAUGCCUUGAGUUCAAAGAGAGGUGUUUUCCUGGUGUUGCAUGGAGCAUCUGGCUUGCCCCAAGAACUUAUCAAGGGAUGUAUUGACCGCGGUGUGAGGAAGUUCAACGUGAACACUGAAGUCCGAAAGGCUUACAUGGAUUCAUUGGAAGUCCCCAAGAAAGAUCUGGUACAUGUUUUGGCAUGCGCAAAAGAUGCCAUGAAAGCUGUGAUCGCCGAGAAAAUGCAUCUAUUUGGUUCAGCAGGAAAAGCUUGAUCCAACUCUCGAGAAAUCUCCAGCUUGCAUAAUUGCUGCAAGUUUGUUAGUAUGAACAUCAUUCUCAUCAUUCUGCCCCUCAUAAGUUGACUGAUUUCUGCCCAAUCCCAUUACUCUUAUUAGUAUUGUUGAUAUAUACAUUCUCCAUUUCAUUGUUCCAAGCAAAGUCUAAUAAACAUAUCUGUAAACCAGAAAGGGAAAACAUAUAUGUAAACUGCAGGGUUUAAUCGUA